AUGGAAAUGUCAACAAUCCUGAGUUUCAGACAGUUUAUCAACGACAGGUUACACACUGCUGCUGAAGACAUAUGUGGAUGUUUUGAAGCGACUGUCGCAAAGUACGAGGAUGAGAUCGGUCGUCAGCGCAGACUGCUGGAUGUAACUUUGAAACCUGUAGUAGAGCUGCAGAGAAUAGAGCUCCCACAGCGACAUGUCUGUAUCAAGGAAGAGUUUCCUGCUGACCUGCUGGAGAGGAACCCCAGUCCAGACCAAGAGGAGCCAGAACCUCCACAGAUUAAGGAGCAGCAGGAGGAGCACUGCAUCGAGCUCCCAGAGCAACAUUUUCUUAUUGAGGAAGAGUUUCCAUCUGACCAGCAGCUCUGGAACCUUGAGAGGAACCCCAUUCUGGAACAAGAGGAGCCAGAACCUCCACAGAUUAAAGAGGAGGCGGAGCACUGCAUCCGUCUGGGAGUAGAGCAGCUUGUACUGAAGCAGGAGGAUCAAGAUAACCUUUUGUUGAAUCCUACUUUCAUGGAAAGUGACCACAGUGAACCAGAACCAAGUGACCACCAGCUCCUCUCCCACAGCUCAGCUCAGAGCCAUGAUCUUAGUGGAGACAAGCAUGGAAGCUCAAAAUCAGUGAGUAAUGCAGAGCAGGCAUCAGAAAAGGGACAUCAUGUCAUCACAAGAGCAAAAGAAAGCACAAGUCCCAGUAACCUUGCGUGUAGGACUACCAUGUCAAAGAUUGUGCCGAAUAUCUGCAAGGGUAAAAAAGUUCUCCAGUGUGACACUUGUGGAAAAGUCUUUAAGUGGAAGUCAGGAUUAAAUGAACAUCUCAAGGUGCACAGAGGUGAGGAACCAUAUAUUUGCAAAACCUGUGGAAAAAGAUUUUGUUACAAGUCAGCACUAGAAACACAUCUGAGAGUCCACACAGGGGAGAAACAGCAUUCUUGGGAAAUGUGUGAAAAAAGUUUCAUAACUAGCACAAAUUUGAAGAUCCACGAGAGAACGCACAGGGGCGAGAAACCUUUUCCUUGCAAAACUUGUGGGACAAGUUUUACAACUAGAAUGAAUCUGCAGAGACACGAGAGAACGCACACAGGCGAGAGACCUUUCUCUUGCAAAACUUGUGGGAAAAGUUUUUUUCGCAGACAUCAUGUGCAGAACCACGAGAGAACGCACACGGGUGAGAAACCUUUCUCCUGCAAAACUUGUGGGAGAGGUUUUAACAAGAGUUAUCACCUGAAGAGACACGAGAGAACUCACACGGGCGAGAAACCUUUUACUUGCAAAACUUGUGAAAAAAGUUUUAAAUGGGGAAGUAGCUUGAAAGUCCACAUGAGAAGCCAUAAAUGGCAGGAGUCAUAUCCCUGUACAACUGGUGGGAAAAGAUUUGUUACCAAAUCCCUUUUAACAAAACAUUUGAGUACCCACACAUAGCAAAACUGAUAUUUUGUUAAAUGUUUGCAAGAUCUCUGACUUGCCAGUUUAUACAAAGUCCACAGGAGAAAACAUCCAGUUGAGAAGCCACACCAUGGCAACACAAGAGGGAUAAGAUUUGCUCAAGCGUUGUCAAAGAAGUUGUUACUUAGUUAUUGAUUCAUUAAUAAGUGAUACAACAGUUAGCGAAAACAAUACUGGAAAUGUUUCCAGGGGCCAAAAAAAGUGAUGAACCUUGUUGUAGUUCAAUGCUUUAUGAAGUUCCAUCACCACUGAUGAGUAGCAGACUUCAAUAACUUCAAAAAGCAUUGAACUAAAUCCAGGUUCAUCACUUACAGCUACACAAGAGAGAUUGUCUACAUUUACAUUAGCUGCAUCUCUGUAACUGAAUGGAAAAUAUCCCAUUGAGGAGACAUCACAAUAUCUUUGAUGCAGUACAUGGUCAACAACAUUUGCUAAAGUACCCACGUUUCUGUUUUUCGUGCGACUUUUCUGAUAUUUACAUCUGUAAAGGAAUUUAUGUUUUCAAGCAUGUCUAUUUGUUUAUUCAUUUAUCAGCCAUUUAUACCAAAUGGUGCAGGAAGGGGGCGGGGUGAGAGCAAUUGAUUGGGUUAAAGUGGCAGAUCCAGGAUAUUAUAUUAUCACUGAAUGUUGAGAGAUGUUGUCAAUGUGUCAGGAACGACUGUGGAUCAAGAUGUAAAACUCUGACAUAUUUGUGGUACAGAGAUUUAUAAGAACACAGUAUGUGGUGCAGAUUAUCAGAUGACUUCCCUUUUUCUAUUACAAAAGAAAAAAAUAUGUUGUUAAUGUGUACACAGUCCUAAAUAACUGUCACUGUAAAUGGUUAUUCUUUUGUACUACGUGUAUUCAA